AUGGAAGAUUUCAUGAAACACCGGCCGGCCAAGUUCUCUGGCAAAGCCACUCCUGACGAGGCAGAUGCUUGGAUGCGGGAGUGUGAGAAGAUCUGUAGAGUGCUGGGAUGCACAGAUGAGCAGAGGCUGUUGUUUGUCACGUUUCUUCUGGUGGCAGACGCAGAGUAUUGGUGGCAGGGGAUGCAGCAGUUGAUGCAGACCCGUGGGGAGCAGGUGACGUGGACUGUCUUCAGGACGAGGUUCCUGGAGAAGUACUUUCUCGACAGUGCGAGGCACGAACGGGAGGCAGAGUUCCUUACUCUUCAGCAGGGGACUAUGACCGUGGCGGCUUAUAUAGAGAGGUUCGAAUACCUGGCGCGUUUCUACACUCCAGAGGUUACUGAGGAGUGGAGGUGUAGGAGGUUCGAGGGCGGAUUAAAACAUGAGAUACGCCGCUUCAUUGUGCCACUUCGGAUUAGAGAGUUUCCAGUUUUGGUCGAGCAGGCCAAAACCGUGGAGCAGUUGGAGACUGGGUCGAGUAGUGGGGGAAACAGUAGAGGACUACCUCAGAUGUCAGACCUCAGAGGAAACCUUAUAGCAGACCGCCGACUACCUGGGGAAGAUUACGGUGUUUUAACUGUGGCGGGGAACACUUGA